AUGGACCUGGAACAUCACCCCGGAGGAAGUGGAGGUGGAGGAGGCGGUGGUCGUGGCGGUGGAGAGUGUAAGGGUGGUGAUAAGCCACCUGGUAUGCCCGGUAUGCCUGGUGGCGGCGGCGGCGGCGGCGGCGGUGGAGGUGGAGGUCACGGAGGCGGCGGCGAGGGCGGAGGUAAGCCUGGUGAAGGUGGCAGACACGGUGGAGGAGGUGGUGGGAAGGGCGGCGAUGACUGCAAGGGCGGGCACGGAGGCAAGCAGCCGCCUGGUAUGCCUCCCGGUAUGCCUCCCGGUAUGCCUCCCGGUAUGCCUCCCGGCGGUGGCGGCGGCGGUGGUGGUGACAAGCCUCCUGGUAUGCCCGGCGGAGGUGGUGGAGGCGGCGGUGGCGGUGGUGGAAAGGGAGGAGAUGAAUGCAAAGGCAACGGAGGCGGCGGAGGCGGAGGCGACAAGCCAGGCGGUGACAAGCCCGGCGGCGGUGGAGGAGACAAACCCGGUGGUGGCGGCGGCGGCGGCAUGACGGAAUGCAACUCGUUCCGCAUGCGAGCCAAGGGCUCCGUCUCGGGCUGGGUCGGCCAACUGGACAGCGGCCAGCUGAGAAUCGGCCUCGAGCCCGUCAUCCUCCGCAUGGAAAAGGGCGAGAUUGUCGAUACCCGCCGGCGCGGCAUGUGGUGGACUCCCCCUACCGAGACGCUUCAAUGUGAUCAGGGACAGAAGCCCGACAAGGGCUGGAGCGCGGGCUGCGACGGCCGGAUGAAGUUCCAGGACCAGGCGCGGUACUUCCAGUGCGAGGCGGAGGACCAGACGUAUAACCUGUACAAGAAGAACGAUCAGGGCGUCAACUGUGGUGAGAUUACGCUUUAUAUGAGCGGUUGUGGGCGUGGGGAGGGUGAUGGCAUGGGUGAUAAGCCUGGUGGUGGUGCAGGUGGUGGUGGCCAUGGAGGUGGAGGGAGGCCUCCUGCGAAUGAGACUGCCACUCCUCAGAACGGGAACAAGCCUAUGCCGCCUCCUGGAAGGUGA